GCCCGGGGACGGGAGGGGGCUGGGGCCCCGCGGCGGCGGCCGGAGAGCACCACACCCCUCGGCGCGGCCCUUUCUCCGUCCCUCUCCUGUCCUUCGUCGCUGCCGCCUUCCGGCCGCGCAGUGCCCUGGACCAGCCUUACCUGCAGUGCUUGACAGCUCGGCUAACUUCUACUCAUCCUUCAAAACCCAGCUCUGGUCGUAUCGUCUUUGUUGCCUUUCUCAGUCUGUGGCCUCCGGCGCAGGAGCCGGGUUUUGUGCUUAAUCUCUGUACACACGAGCCCCAGCAUAGGGCUCAGGACAGAGUAGGUAGUCCGGAAAUGUUUGUCGAAUGAGAAUGUCCUAUUUCUUUUACUUUCUCUGUGCCCCCUCCUCCCACCAGGUUGCAUCUCGCGAAGAUUUCUAGAUGCGGGGGAUCAAACAGUGAGCAAAACACAACAGGUCUUGUCCCCGUGGAGUUGACAGGCCGGUGACUCUCAGGGCCACGCCCCCACUCUGUAGCCUCGUUUCUCCAGGGUCCUUAGCUUUUUCUCCCGAACCUCUUUGUCUUAGUUGAACGCCCCACACCGUGACGUAGUUUACUCCCCCCCAACUUGCCUUAGACACAUAAAAGGCAGCACUUUACCCCCUCAAGUUUAGCUGUUCCCGAUGUUUCCCGUUCUUCUCCAUUUUUGUGUGUUUUCCUUGAGCCACCCUUGCCUCCUCCUCUCUUACCCCAUUUGAUUCGUUUUGCUGGUCCAGCCUCCAGGGCCUCUGAGCACCUCUGCUCCCUUCCCCCUCCAGAGCCUGGAUUGCUCAGGUGUCACCUUUUGUCUUAGGUCGGCCUCGAAACUGCAGCCCCAGCCCCGAGCCCAGCGCCUUCUGUACUCUCCUCUGCUUUACUUUUCUCCUUAGGAUUUCUUACUGCCUCACACCCUGUAUCUCACCCGGUCGUGGUCUGUGUCUCCCGCCGGCAUGUGACCAUGGUGAGCACCGGGCAUCGUUCACCGGGUUGCUUGCCGCGCGCUCCUGCUGCUUGGUGUGGGGCUUGGUGAGUAGCCCGCGCUCCGGCAGCGUGACUAAGUGGUGUACACGAAGCAGGUAGUUUGUCCUCCGACGAUAGCAAGAAACUGUGACUUCAAUGGCUUCACUGGUGGCUUAUGAUGACUCCGAGUCAGAGACUGAGGCUGAGGCUGAGGAAAGUUCUGAUGCUGCCAGCCAGAUGAAGGACUUCUCAGAUGUGGUCAAACCUCAUGCGCAGGACUUUGCCUUGGAAGGCCCCGAUGAGACGGAAGGGGCAGCGGUGCCCACGCAGCUUGGUUCUCGUGAAGACCCGGCUGGCCAUCGUCUCCCGCUGGUUCGGCUCUGGAGAAGUGACCCGGGAUCUUCCCCCAGCCAGAGGCUGCAGUGGCCCAGAGCAGAGCCCGAGGUCACCUUCCCCGCAGGCAAGCCUCUUCGGCCUUCCCUGUGGACCAGCCACGUUCCAGCCGGCCAUGCGCCCCUGGCGGCUGCCCACUUGAAGCAGGUGAAACUCUCCCGGGGAGCUUACGACUCCCCCGCGUUGUCGUUCUGUGCCCAAACCAAAUCUGAAACCCCAGGUGGAAACAGCAGCUCUCUUCAGAGGAAAAGGUGUGAGGACUGUGUCGUUCCCUAUACCCCCAAAAGACUAAGACAGUCGCAGGCAUUAAGCACAGAGACAGGCAAGAGUAAAGACACGGAGGCACAGGGCCCGUCUGUAGGGCGUGCCCCAGCCCCCCUCUCUGUGGCCCCCAGAGUGUCUGAGUUUAUUGAGCCAUAUUUGGACAGUCAGUAUAGAGAAACGACGAUUCCCAAGAAAGUGCUCUUCCACCUGAGAAGCCACAGGGGCCCCGUCAACAGUGUUCAGUGGUGUCCGGUCUUUGCUAAGAGUCACAUGCUUCUCUCGGCUUCCAUGGACAAAACCUUCAAGGUGUGGGACGCUGUGGACUCGGGCCGCUGCCUGCAGACCUACCGCCUGCACAGCGAGGCGGUGCGGGCCGCCCGCUGGUCUCCCUGCGGCCAGCGCAUCCUCAGCGGCGGCUUCGACUUCGCCCUGCACCUAACGGACCUUGAAACAGGAACCCAGCUCUUCAGCGCUCAGAGUGACUUCAGAAUUACUACCUUGAAAUUUCACCCAAAAGACCACAGCCUUUUUGUGUGUGGAGGCUUCAACCCUGAAGUCAAAGCUUGGGAUAUAAGGACUGGCAAGGUGGUGAGGAGCUACAAGGCGACCAUCCAGCAGACCUUGGACAUCCUCUUCCUCCAGGAAGGCUCUGAGUUUUUGAGCAGCACGGAUGCUUCGAGCCGGGACUCUGCUGACCGCACCAUUAUUGCCUGGGAUUUCCGGAGCUCUGCCAAAAUCUCCAACCAGAUUUUCCAUGAGAGGUACACGUGCCCCAGCCUGGCCUUGCACCCGCGGGAGCCGGUGUUCCUUGCACAGACCAACGGCAACUACCUGGCCCUUUUCUCCGCCGUGCGGCCAUACCGGAUGAGCAGACGGCGGCGCUACGAGGGGCACGAGGUGGAAGGCUACGCGGUGGGCUGCGAGUGCUCCCCGGACGGCGACCUGCUGGUGACGGGCAGCGCCGACGGCCGCGUCCUGCUCUACAGCUUCCGCACUGCCAGCCGGGCACGCACGCUGCCGGGGCACGCACAGGCCUGCGUCGGUGCCACCUUCCACCCUGUGCUGCCCUCUGUCCUCGCCACCUGCUCCUGGGAGGGCGACAUUAAGAUCUGGCACUGA